AUGUUUAAAUGCUGCGUAUGCAAUAAAAGCUCGAAGAAGGAGAAGCCGAACGGCGAGGUGGCAAAGUCGACGCCAAAGCAAAGUCAGAAGUCGACUGACUCGCAGUUAGCUGGCAUCGAUUGUUCGAGGUCCGAGGAAAAUGGACCGAUCGGACGAGAAGAGAAGCUGAACGGUGACGUGCAGAGAUUUGAGAAAGUUUCUCCGUCCAUGGAGAAUAAUAGUUCUGCAGAUGUUAUCGAUGACUUGACUGUCAAGAGUCCGUUGCCUUCGAGCAAGCGUGACGAGGUCAACGAUGAUCCUCGAUCGCGAACAGAAUCGAUAGUGAAAUCGAACGACAAGGGGGACGACAUCGAAAAUGCGAGUGAUCGAAGGAAGGUGGCAGCAGAGGAGGGAAGCGGCGAGGCAAAUGGAAUUAAGGAUGCAAGUGUAAAUGGAGAGGUGGAUGGGAGUAACAAUGUAAGCGGAAACGGCGACGGAGGUGGCGCGGGUGGAGUGAUGAAAACAAUACUGAAUACUGGGGCUUCUAGUACCGUAAAAACUAAUCUUUAUGAUUCUACCGCGUAUAUUGAGAGAACAAUCGAUGAUGGACCAGAGGAGGAAGGCGAUGAUUCCGUUUUUGAAGCUUGUCCGAAUGAUACCAACGUGAAUAAAAAGACACAGCCAGUUUCGUCAAUUCCUCGUUGGCUAUCGGAGGAGGAAGAUGGCGAGCAUGACUCGGAAGAGUGCAGCGGAAUGCAGGAACCACCGGCGACGCCGGUUGCUCGUGACGAACUAGCUUUAAGGCGUCACAGAUUCUUCUCCGAUUUGUUGCACGCCGCGCAAAACGCGACGGAGCACAGAGUGAGGUUUGACCCCCUAGGACCGAUGGUGCACGCUGGUUGUGAAGCUAGCGAUAAGGAGGAUCAUUUGGAAGAACUGGUGAAUAGAUUAGAAAACGUUACUAAAAGAUUGGAGAAAGUAAGAACCCAGUCUGUAACAGAAACUCAAGACUCUGCUGUUCAAACAAAUACACCAUCACCAAGGAGGUCUCAACCAGUGAAAAAUAGUGAAUUAGUACAGUCUAACUCACCUGUACACUCAACAGAUAAACAAACAUCAAGAAAAUUUAUCAGCAUGUCAGUUACAGGAUAUGAAGAUCUUUUAGCUGGUCCUGUAAAAGAAUAUUUACAACUGAGUGACAAAAUUGGUGGUGAUGUAGCUACACACAGCAAAUUUGUAGAAAAAGCAUUUCAAAUUCAGCUUGAAUUUAUUCGGACUGCCGCAAGUCGUCCUGCUCCAGUAAACCAAUCAGAGCAAAUAGCUCUUCUUGCACCUACAUCCACACAAAUUCAACACAUUCAAGAAUUUCGUGAGAAAAAUAGGGUAUCUCAGUUUUUCAAUCAUUUGUCAGCAAUUAGUGAAAGUAUUCCAGCUUUGGGAUGGGUUGCAGUUUCACCUACUCCAGCUCCCUAUGUCAAAGAAAUGAACGACGCUGGACAAUUCUAUACCAAUCGUGUAUUAAAAGAAUGGAAGGAAAAAGAUAAAGUACAUGUGGAAUGGUGCAAAGCUUGGGUACAGACAUUAAGUGAUCUUCAGCAAUAUGUACGUCAGCAUCAUACAACAGGACUGGUAUGGGCAAAAACUGGCUCGGUCCCGGCGGGCAUACCACCGCCUCCACCACCAUGCAUGCCUAUGGGAGAGAUUACACCAGCCAAUAUUGCCGAUGACAGAAGUGCUCUUUUCGCUGAAAUUAACCAAGGAGAAGCUAUUACAAAGAAUUUAAAGAAAGUUACUUCUGACAUGCAAACGCAUAAGAAUCCUUCAUUGAGAACUGGGCCAGCGCCAUUUAAAGCUCAACAUGUUGGCGAUGCUACAUCAAUGAAAACACUAACAUCUGCAAAUGCUUCAAUGGAAAAAUCUCCUGUAUUUACUAGAGAUGGAAAGAAAUGGCUUGUGCAAUACCAUAAAGGUAAUAAAGAUCUACUCAUUGACAGCGCGGAAAUGAACAAUGUGGUUUACAUGUUCCAAUGUCAAGAUAGUACCUUAGUUGUCAAAGGCAAAGUCAACACCAUUACUAUGGACUCAUGUCGUAAAUCAUCUGUUGUUUUUGACUCUGUUGUGUCGAGUAUCGAAUUCGUCAAUUGUCAGAGUGUACAAAUGCAGGUGCUAGGAAAAGUCCCUACUAUCUCUAUCGAUAAAACGGAUGGUUGUCAAAUGUAUUUGAGCUCACAGUCAAUGGAUGUGGAAGUUAUUAGUAGCAAGUCUAGCGAGAUGAAUGUUAUGGUACCCCAAGCGAACGGAGAUUAUUCGGAGUACCCCGUACCGGAGCAAUUCAAAACAACUAUCAGUCCGAAGGGUCUCAAUACAAUCGCGGUCGGUUCACUUGGCUAAAGCGUCGGUAGUUCGAUUAUUCAUAGCCUACACUAAACGUCUGUCUAAGAGUACAGCUCUCAUUAGAGAUAUCAUCUUCAGAGGAUUCGUCGAAUUAUUAUUUAUUGCUUCUUUAAUUAAUUUAAGAAUUAGAAGAAGGAUGGAGGACUAAAGGAAGGCGCGAGUACAGUUUCGAAAGCAUAGAAUUAAAUUAGAUAAAUCGAUUGAACAUUUUAACAUUACAGCCCUAUCUCAUUUCGACAGCCAUGCGCGUUUCGUGAAGAUCACCGUUUCUGUUCAGGUUGAAAUUGAAAUCAUGUUGAAAUGACGCUCAAUUAAACUCAAUUAAAUUAUUAAAUUUAUAUAUAAAACAGUCAACCAUUCGAUUCUCUGCGACCUGAUGUUUUGUAAUAUAGUGGUAAUUAGAAUUUUAAUGAUUGUGAUUCGUCUAGCAAUGGUGAUAAUGUUAAAACAUAGAAUCGACAGUCUUCACGAAAAUAUUAUUACGCACGCUGGUGCUUUGAGAUUAGGAGACUGUAGGUUUGAUUAAAAUAUAAAGGUAUGGACAAAAGUUUUUCUACCUUCGAAUUGGACCUUUUAUACAUUUACACCAUUUUUUAUCGUGAUCCAACUUUUGUCCACACCGUUCGCUUCUUGAGACUAUCCAGUCGACUCACCAAGGAAUUGUAACACGCUAUUAUCGGUGGGAGAAGAGCGAGUGCUGCACGUAUACACAAUUUUUGA